CUCCGGCGCCAGGACUCGGCACCGCGCCUUCUUCCCCCAGUUUGUUGGGCUCCAUGACCCCUGCCUCCCCCCACACCCCUGUCGGUGCCGAAGGGAACCUGGUUCUGGGCGGGUGAGAGCUGGAGCCCACUGGGAAUGGCGGCCCCUUCUAUGAAAGAAAGGCAGGCUUGCUGGGGAGCCCGGGAUGAGUACUGGAAGUGUUUAGAUGAGAACACAGAGGACGCUUCUCAGUGCAAGAAGUUAAGAAGCUCUUUUGAAUCGAGUUGUCCCCAACAGUGGAUAAAAUAUUUUGAUAAAAGAAGAGACUACUUAAAGUUCAAAGAAAAAUUUGAAGCAGGACAAUUCCAGCCUUCAAAACCAACUGUGAAGUCCUAGGCUAUUCCUGAACUUGUCAGAAGGGUUGAAACGAUUCUCUCUCCAAGGCUCCGCUGACCGCGGCAAUGAUGGGACUCACCAUCAGUACUUGUUCCACACGCAAAUGGUCAAGUAACAGAUUCCAUCAUUCACACUAUGAAGAGUCGAAAUGGUAUGAAGUAUGCUUAGUUUCAAUGUAGUCAGACAUCUAUAUUUUAAGAAAAAUUAAAGCCUAUUAUAAAAACCCAUGUACUCUUGUUUGUUUUG